AUGUCCUCUUCUCGUGAAGGGCCUAAUCCUCUACGCCCUUAUUACUUCCCCCCAUCCGGACUAGAAGCUACCAACGCCACUUCAUCCCCUCCCGAUGCGUCAUCGGCCCAUGUUUUUGGAAGCUCUGCUCGCGACUUGCUGUCCGACUUGGACUACUCGGAUUACCUGGAGAACUCUCCUUCGGUAUCAAGCUGGAUUCGAGAUGCUUUGGACCGUGCACUUUGGAAAUAUACCAGUCUCUUGACUGCGCAGCCGUUUGACGUCGCAAAAACCAUCUUACAGGUCUAUGUCGUGUCAGACGCUCAGGAUGGGCAGUGGCCACUGGAUGGCCACAGGCAAAGCUCGAGUACUCGGAGCGAUCUCUAUGAUGAAGAGGAAGAAGAGGGUGUUGAUGCGCUAUCCUCAGAUGACGAGAGCAGUUAUUUCACGUCGACAGCCCCUGCGGUCUCGUCACCGUCGAACCCACGCUCUCGAAAGUCUCGACGCCAUAUUACCGAUCGAAGCGGUUACAUCCAGUCCUCAACCCCCUCUUCCCGAUAUUCUUUGAAAAUCAAAAACCCAAGCUCCCUGAUCGACGUACUUUCGCAGUUGUGGACUACCAGCGGACCAACGUCCCCAUGGAAGGCGACCAAUGCGACAUUCAUUUACUCUCUUCUCCUCCCAACUCUCAACACCUUCAUUCGCAGUCUUCUAUCAGCCAUUGUGGGGCUACCAGAGGAGGAUAUUUCGUCUUCUAUGACAGCGGACAUUCUGACUUCGACCUCCCCAAUCGCCACAUUGGUUCUGUCAUUCAUCUCUACAUCCUUGUCUGCAUUGAUCCUCUCUCCGAUUGAUACCGCUCGCACACUCCUCAUUCUCACGCCUGUCACACAUGGACCGCGCUCCCUUAUUCGAGCUAUUCGCCAAAUCCCGACUCCCAAUUGCACCGUACCCCCUCACCUAGUCCCCAUCACGAUCCUCCAUUCGAGUCUGCCUAAUUUCAUAAUGACUACUACUCCGCUCUUCUUAAAAUCAUACCUGUCCCUUGACCCUGUUCUAAACCCGUCCAUGUGGAACCUGUUCACGUUCAUGGGAUCCGGCUUGGAACUGGCAGUUCGGUUUCCUCUGGAGACUGUUUUGCGUCGCGCGCAGAUCGCAACAUUCACAUCCCCAAGUGUCCAGCAACACUCCACUGGUGGAUUACGUUCUACAAAAUCCGCAGAGGCCGCCGCGGAAGUACCAGAGGUCGAAACUAUCGUCCCGACACCCCGUACAUACAGGGGUAUUGUUGGAACGAUGUGGGGUGUUGUUUACGAGGAGGGCGUUCAAUCGAGCCCAGAAGCUGAGAGGGCACAAGCCUUAUUUGACAAGCCCAUUACGCUGAAGAAACGGCAGGGCCAGGGAAUCCAUGGCUUAUACCGCGGCUGGAGAAUUGGUAUGUGGGGAAUUGCCGGUAUUUGGGGCGCCAGCUUCCUUGGAAGUGCUGGUGCCGGCGGGGAUGAUGGAGCAAUGGCCAGUGGAGGCCGCUUUUGA